AUGGCUCCUCCGACUUCCGAUUCGAAACAACCCCCGGAUCGACCUGCUUCUUCUUCUUCUUCGCGAGCGCCGGGAUUGUUGAGGCCGAGGGUGCUGGCGCCUGAGCUGGCGAAGCUCUGGUCGAGGAGUAUUCCUUCUUCUUCGAUUCCUUCCUCGGUGAAUGCUACGACAACGACGCCAUCUUCCGCAAACACCGCAUCUACAUCUACACCUCCUUCGUCAACGACAACAAGAUCUUCCUCUUUCCUGCACCGCUUCCGCACCCGCUACUCCGCCCUCCCCUUGCCCGUGCGCCGCACCGUUCGCGUCCUGCGCUUCCUCGCCCCCAUCGUGCCCGUCGGCAUCUUCUUCUCGGAACACGUCCUGCAAGUGAUGUGGGUGCGCGGGCCGUCCAUGACGCCCUACCUAAACGAGGACUACGCCGAGAUGCAGACGCGCAGCGACAUGGUGCUGGUGAACAUGUGGCCGUGGGGGUCGGGCUGGCCGUGGGAGCGCCGAAGACGGCUUGAACGGGGGAUGGUGGUUACGUUUCGGUCUCCAGCAAACCCCUCCCACAUCGCCAUCAAGCGCGUCAUCGCCCUCCCCGGCGACCGCGUCAUCACCCGCGAACCCUGCCCCAAACCCUCGCAGAUCGUCCCCUACAACCACGUCUGGCUCGAAGGCGAUGUGGAGGAUCCGCGCAAGUCGCUCGACAGCAACACCUAUGGGCCUGUCAGCAUCAGUCUGAUCACGGGGCGUGUUAUCGCCGUGCUGUGGCCGCGCAUGCGUCUGCUGAAAUGGUGGGAGUGGGAUAGGGAUGACGGCAGCGAGGAAGGGGACGGUCCCGGCGGAUACCGGAAGUCGGUUAGGGAGAGGGUCUUGAAAAAUGCUGUUAAGUUGGAGAGGCCGGCUUUGGAGUAG